AUGAGACAUAUACGGAGGUCACCAAAACCUCAAUGUGAUCUUUAUCAGCCUAGGGUCUUUAUAUUAAAGAAGACUCAGUGGAAUUUUGAGUUUGUAUUGAUAGACUAUCGUCUAAAAAGUAUAAUGCUGAAUGCAUCAAACUUAUCUGGAAGAGCUUCUGCACCAUCGGAUCCUAAGAGAGGGUCACACAUCUGCAGUCUCUUCAUUGCAGUUUCUUUGAUAUGUAGUGUUUACCUUGUUGGUUCUGCAUUUGUUGGGAAGCAAUCCAAAGCAAGAAUAACUGCAUGGCAAGUGAUUGAGGCGAUGCAGAAAUCUGACAAAUGCAAGGAUCAUUGCAGGUCUUCUGGAAGUGAGGCAUUGCCUCAAGGAAUAGUUACUGAGAAAUCUAACUUUAAAACGCGGCCUUUAUGGGGCUCUUCUUUGAAAAAUGACAAUCCACAACCUUCAAUGAGCUUGUUAGCAAUUGCAGUCGGAAUAAAGCAAAAGGCAAUAGUAGACCAAAUUGUUAAAAAGUUCCCUUUAAGCGAUUUUGUUGUGAUGCUUUUUCAUUAUGAUGGUAUUGUGGAUGAAUGGAGGGGUUUAUCAUGGAGCAAUAGUGCCAUCCAUGUCUCUGCUGUAAAUCAAACAAAAUGGUGGUUUGCUAAGCGUUUCCUGCAUCCUGACAUAGUUGCUGAAUACAAUUAUAUAUUUCUUUGGGAUGAAGACCUUGGAGUUGAAAAUUUUAAUCCAAGACGAUAUCUGUCAAUUGUUAAAGAUGAGGGACUAGAAGUAUCACAGCCAGCACUUGAUCCUGCUAAGUCUACCAUUCAUCAACAAAUUACUGCUCGUAUGAGGAACUCCACAGUGCACAGGAAAAUAUUGAAGUUCAGAGGUAACACAAGGUGUUAUCACAACAGCACCUCACCUCCAUGCACAGGUUGGGUGGAAAUGAUGGCACCUGUCUUCUCAAAGGCAGCUUGGCGAUGUACAUGGUACAUGAUCCAGAAUGACUUGAUCCACGCAUGGGGUUUGGAUAGAAAACUUGGUUAUUGUGCACAAGGUGAUUGGACAAAAAAUGUCGGUGUGGUUGAUGCUGAGUAUGUAGUUCAUCUGGGUCUUUCGACCCUUGGUGUCUUCAAUGGAAGCGAGGCACUGCCAUCUAAGGCCAAGGAAGUUGAUAAAAGACCUGAAGUGAGGAUGCAGUCAUCUGUUGAAAUGAAUAUCUUCUACAAGAGAUGGGAACAGGCGGUAAAGGAGGACAGAUGUUGGGUUGAUCCACUUCAACAGUUUGCAACCCAAACCAGACACUGA